UCUAUUCGUAUUCAGAUCCGGUAACAAAGUCCUGGAUGCGGAGCAACUUAAAGAUCAGGGAUGUCUGAACGCCCCAAAAUAUUCGCCACCAGGGGUAUCCCUUCCCCUGGGAUGGAUCUACUUCAGGAAGAGUGUGACGUCACAGUAUGGCCCCACGCCCGUAUCAUCAGCCACGAGGAGUUGGAGGAGAGUGUGGUAGGAGUAGAUGGGAUUCUCUGCCACUAUAUCAACAAAAUUGAUGAUCACAUUCUAGACGCGGCCGGUCCAAAUCUCAAGGUCGUUGCCACGUUUGCUGUUGGAUACGAUUUAAUUGACGUAGAAGCAUGUCAUAAGCGUAAUGUCCGAGUUGGUCACACUCCUAAUGUGCUGUCUGAUUCCGUGGCCGAACUAGCUGUGGCCCUGAUCCUGGCCUCGUCACGUAGACUGAGACAAGGUAUGGCUGCCAUAACGAAUGGCCUUGCAGACGGUAAGUGGGAGAACGGCCUUUAUCUCUGUGGGCCUGAGACCAAGGGAUCAACCGUAGGGAUCGUCGGUCUAGGAAGAAUUGGUCUGGCAGUCGCCAGGCGUCUGAAGGGAUUUGAUGUCGCCAAGUUUCUCUACUAUGACGUUAAUGAAGUCCCUUGGGCGGCAGAAGUCUCUGCAGAGUUUACAUCGUUCGAGAAGCUUUUAACUGAAUCAGAUUUUGUUGUGGCCUGCUGUUCCAGCAACACUGACAACUGGGGUUUAUUUGACAAGGCGGCUUUCAAGAAGAUGAAAAGUUCGGCUGUGUUUGUUAACGUCACCCGAGGAGUACUGGUCAAUCAGGACGACUUGUACGAAGCCUUGACUACUGGACAGAUCUUUGCCGCCGGCUUGGAUGCAACAACUCCCGAACCGAUUUCCAAGGACCACCCACUGGUCAAACUGGAUAAUUGUGUCAUUUUGCCACACAUUGGAAGCUCCACAACUGCCACAAGAAACACCAUGUCUAUCAUGACAGCAAAGAAUAUAUUGGCCGGCAUAAAAGGAGAGCCCCUAGUUCAGUGUGUAAAGAAUAACGAAAAUUAAUAAAGAAACAUUUUGAGUAUGUU